AUGAAUAAUGUAUCACUUGCUCCAAACAACGAGAUAUCACAGGAACAGCAAAUUGUCUAUUAUAAUGCACCAGUUAACUACCACCCAAUAAAUAAUCAACAGCCAUACGUAUACUCACAACAAUUGCCUAACAGUCAUACAGUUAAUCAAUAUUCAUCACCUAGUUCAACAGCUCAAUAUAAUCAACAACAACAAGUAUCGUCUUUCAUAUGUAUUCCUCCACCACUUAUGCAACAGUCAAUAAUACAUUCCAACAUGCAUCAACAACAACCGGCAUUAUCAGUACAACAACCAUCCGUCAAUGUAACAGCACCGCUUUACUCAACAAUGAUUAACCCAACAGUAUCUUUCACACCAAUAUCAGCUCAUAACAAGAGAGGUCGCAAUGAUACUAGUGGUUUAUCGGAUUCCAAUAUGCAAGUAUGUCCCCAAUACCAUUAG